AUGUGUGUGCAGAGCCCAUUGUUUGACAUCGUGUUGCGGUGGAGAUUGCCGAAGUACGCUUUCACUGGAGAUGCUAAGCAGAUGUAUAGGCAAGUUGUGAUGCAUGCUGCUCAUACGAAAUACUUGAGAUGUCUAUUUCGGGAUGACCGGACGCAACCAAUAUUGGAUUUGGAGUUGCUCCGAGUAACAUACGGUGUUGGUCCAGCUGGAUUCUUGGCCACGCGAUCGUUGGUACAACUGGCGAAGGAUGAACAGAAUGAUUUUCCGGAUGCUUGUGAGGUUGUUUUGAAGUCGUUCUAUGUAGAUGAUGCACUUACCGGAGCAGAUUCGCUAGAGAAGGCACGGAAGCUGCGUGAAGAUUUACAAGUUUUACUGGGAAGAGGAGGCUUCAAACUACAUAAAUGGUGUGCAAACGAUCCUGCGAUUCUUGAAGGAGUUCCGUCAGAAGACCGUGAGAAGCAACUGCGCUUCGAAGAAAGUGAUGUGAACGGUGUGAUAAAAACCCUCGGACUCUUGUGGGACCCAGUGAGUGAUAACUUUGUAUUUCGAGUGAAACCGAUGGUGGAGUGUGCGGCACCGCAAACCAAGAGACAAGUGCUUUCCGAUAUCGCAAGACUCUUUGACCCUCUCGGUGUGUUGGGUCCAGCAAUAGUGUUAGCGAAGAUAGUAAUGCAACAACUAUGGAGGAAGAAAAUCGAUUGGGAUGAGCCGAUUCCCAUUGAAGAGUUCAGGGUGUGGAACAAAUUAAGAUCCGAGUUGUGUGCAAUAAACAACAUGAAGAUACCUCGUCGCGUUACCGUUGAUAAUCCGUCGGUGUUCGAGUUGCACGGGUUUUCGGACGCUUCGCAAGCAGCAUAUGGUUGCUGUGUGUGCUUGCGUAGCGUGACCGUUGAUGGCAUCGUUGAAGUAAAGCUACUGUGCGGCAAAUCGAGAGUUGCACCGCUUAAGGAGCUGAACCGUAAGGAGAAGAAAGGAGCACCACCGGAAGAAUUAACCACGCCGAGAUUGGAGCUGUGUGCAGCUGUACUACUAGCUAGACAAAUGAAAACAGUGCGCGAAACCUUGAGUAUCGACAUUUCGCGUGUCGUGCUAAGGUCCGAUUCGAGUAUAGUGAUUUGUUGGAUUAGGAAAUCGAAGCCUAACCAACCAGUGUUCAUCCGCAAUCGGAUUGCGGAGAUUCGCGAACUGACCAUCGAUGCUGAUUGGUUGCAUGUUGGAACGAAAGCAAAUCCAGCGGACUUGGUGUCGAGAGGUGUACUACCUUUGGAAUUAACGAAAGGUGACUUGUGGUGGAAUGGACCGGAAUUUCUUCGAUCAAGUGUAGUUGAUGAAACAGUAAAUGAAGAAACCGAAGACUUGAGUGAAGAGACGAUUUCAGUGACUGUAGUUACAGUGCCCGAUGAAGGAUUGUACGAAGUGAUUCAGAACAGUAGUAACUUUCGCCGACUACAAAGAGUGUUCGGUUACGUAACCCGGUUUAUCCGUAAUUGUCGUGCAAAGCGAAACGAAUCAGAAUUUCGUCGUGGAAGAUUGAACAUUGCAGAUUUUCGUGACUCACUGUACACUAUGGUGAAGAUUGUACAAAAUGCAGUGUAUCGCGAUGAAAUUAGAAGCGUCUUGAAAGGUGAACCGGUGAAGGGUAAGUUACGAAAUUUGAAUCCUGUUUUUGAUAAGACGGAGAGAUUGCUGCGUGUGGGGGGUCGAAUCAGGAAUGCCAUACUACCGCUCGAUCAGAAACAUCCAUUGAUAUUGCCGGAGAAGAACAACUUUACUGAUAUUGUCAUCGAAGCAAUCCACCGUGAAGAACUACAUGUCGGUCUAAAUGGAUUAUUGGCUAAAAUCAGGCAACAAUUUUGGCCAGUAAAUGCGAAGCGUACGAUCAAACGCGUCCUAGGGAAGUGCAUCAAAUGCUUCAGACUAAAGCCGAAGGAUGUACAGCAGUUUAUGGGUGAUUUGCCGAUUGCACGCGUCACCGCUGCUCAGCCUUUCGCUAGAACGGGAGUAGACUACGCAGGCCCUUUUUUGUUGAAGCAAGGUCGGUCGAAGACACCGAUCAAGUCGUACGUUAGUGUUUUCGUCUGUAUGACUACUAAGGCGAUACAUUUUGAGCUUGUGAGUUCCUUAUCUGCAGAGGGAUUCUUGGGGGCAUUGCACCGCUUCGUUGGACGCCGUGGGAACGUCAGUGAGAUGUUUUCGGAUAAUGGAACCAAUUUUGUCGGCGCUGAGCGACAAUUGGCCGAAUUGCGAGAGUUGCUGAAAUUUCAAUUGCUGGAGAACAAGCUUGAAGAUUUUUGUCAGCCUCGUGGAAUCUCGUGGAGUUUCAAUCCACCGAAGGCUCCGCACCAAGGUGGACUUUGGGAAGCCGGAGUAAAAAGUAUGAAGAGUCAUCUGUAUAAGGUGAUGAACGAAUCGUACUUCACCUAUGAAGAGAUGACAACAUUGCUGAUUCAGAUUGAAUCCAUCCUAAAUUCAAGGCCAAUAAUACCACAAAUCGACGAUCCGAUGGAUUAUGAGGCGUUAAGUCCUGGUCAUUUCCUGGUUGGUCGAGAAUUGACAGCUAUAGCCGCACCGUUCUACGAUGGUCUCAAGGAAAAUACGUUGUCUCGUUACCAAUUGAUCCAAAAACGAAAGCAAUCGUUUUGGCGAAGAUGGUCAUGUGAGUAUAUAACCGGACUACAGAAGCGCAGCAAAUGGAACAAAACUCCCACGUUGCUUCGUGAAGGACUGUUGGUGAUAAUGAAAGAUGAUAAUUUGCCACCGCAAACUUGGAAACUGGGGCGUAUUAUCAAAACUCACCCUGGAAAUGAUGGCGUUGUUCGGGUAGUAACCGUACGAACUAACAAUGGCACGUACAAGCGAUCUACAACGCAAAUUGCUGUUCUACCCAUAGAAGAUGCAGAACGGACCAGCCAAACGGAUAAGUUGAGCCAUCCGGCUCCUGGGGGAGGAUGUUAA